UUGUUAUAAUCAUUUUUACCUUUAGUUUUCCUUAUUGUGUGAACGAAGAAGAAGAAGAAGUAGCAGCAGCAGCAGAGCGGCUUCGAUUGACAUGGUCCAAUCAUUGUCACGGCGGCGUAGCAUUCAGAGCUGGGGGUCUUUCCGCAUUAGGCAGACGACGGAUGGUGCCGUGGAAGACGAUGAUAACAACCAUCAAUCAAGCAGUAGUGAGGCAAGAAAUGCAGAAGGCAAAUCAAUGGAGGAACACCAAUUUACAGGAGAGUCUUCCCCCAAGGAGAGCCUUCAAUCAGAUUUGGAACUGAUGAAGGAGAGGUUUGCCAAGUUGCUUUUGGGUGAAGACAUGUCUGGAGGAGGCAAAGGUGUUUCUUCAGCUUUGGCUUUGUCAAAUGCAGUCACUAAUCUAGCUGCAUCCAUAUUUGGAGAGCAAGGGAAAUUGGCACCAAUGGCACCAGAAAGGAAGGCAAGGUGGAGAAAAGAAAUGGAUUGGCUUUUAUCUGUAACCGAUCACAUUGUUGAAUUUGUUCCUUCGCAACAGAUAUCAAAGGACGGGACGUGCAUGGAGAUUAUGGUCACGAAACAAAGGAAGGACUUGCUCGUCAACAUACCCGGCCUGCGCAAACUCGAUUCGUUGCUUAUUGAGACUCUUGACAACUUCGGACAAGAAAGGGAAUUUUGGUACGUCUCGAAAAGAAACAAUCUUGAGAACAAAAACAGCCGAAGGGGAGGGAAAUGGUGGCAUCCGGUGGUUAAGGUUCCGCCCUAUGGGUUGCUGGAAACAUCGCGAAGAUGGCUGCAGUCCGAAAAGGAGGCCGUGAACCAGGUAUUAAAAGCAGCUAUGGCCAUCAAUGCUGCAGUCCUAUCCGAAAUCGAAAUCCCCGAAAGCUACAUCGAUUCGCUCCCUAAGAACGGAAGAGCAAGCCUUGGUGAUUCAAUCUAUAAAAGCAUCACAGUGGAGUACUUUGAUCCUUCACAAUUCCUUUCGACCAUGGACUUGUCGACCGAACACAGAGUUCUCGAUCUUAAGGACAGAAUCGAGGCCUCGAUGAUUGUUUGGAAGAGGAAAAUGCACCACAAAGAUGGAAGGUCGUCUUGGGGUUCAGCCAUUAGCUUAGAGAAGCGGGAACUCUUCGAAGAGAGGGUCGAGAUGAUCCUAGGCCUACUUAAGCAUCGCUAUCCGGGGCUUCCGCAAUCCGCACUCGAUAUAUCUAAGAUCCAAGAAAACAAGGAUGUAGGACAUGCUAUCCUAGAGAGCUAUUCAAGGGUUAUAGAGAGUCUGGCUUUCACAAUCAUGUCUAGAAUCGAAGAUGUCCUUCAUGCGGACAGUCUUAAGCAAAGAUCCUCAAACUCCGACGAUGAAGUGGCGAGGCGGAGUCCUUCAGAGACACCAAAACUCUUGGAUUUCAUGUGUCGGAGUUAUAUUACACCAAGUACAACUGAUGUGGAAAAACUCCUUAAGGUUGAUAAUGACAGAAAAACUUCCAGGCCACCACUUAGUCCUACGCCAAUACCUUCCCAUGUCGAGAAGAUCGAAACGUAACCGGCCUAAGAAAUCCGAGUGAUCUCGAUAGAUGGAUGAUGAUAUCCGGCAACCUUAGAAGGGAAGGAAACAACAGGGAGACAAACACAAAGGACAAAUGAUGGUUUUGAAAGCUUUAAUUAUGUGUAUAUUCAACUCCAUAUAAGAUUUCAAUGGAA